AUGAUGCUGCAGAUAUUAGUGGACUUAGCCAACAGUCUAUCACAAAUAUAUGCCGAAGAGUGUUUCCGAGUUUGGAAACCGAGGUUCCGAUGCUUGUUACUUGGGUUUACUGUGUCACUGAAAAAUGAAAAAUUAUACACUGUGGCACUUGCUAUAUUAUACAAUAUUGGCAUGAAGGAUGAAGGCAUCGAUUACCUCGAACCAGUCAUAUCUGAAGAUAAUGGUGACCAACAAAUGCUAAGUCGAUCAAGUUAA